AUGGGCGGGAACCCCGCUCGCGAGGAGGAGCAGGCGCUGACCGUGGAGGCUCUCAACGACCAGAUCUACCUGAUGGACGCGCAGGCUGAGGCUGUGAACGCCUUGGAGGCGGCGUUCUCGGUGGAUGACGCCUUCAAGGACGACUCCGUCGACGAGUUGGAGACGGAGGAGGACGCGAGGAGCGAGAACAUGAAGAAGGCGCUGGAAGACAUCCGGAAGAUAUUCGUUGUGUCCGACAUACCGGAGGAGGACAUACCGGACGAGUUCAAGCCCCGGGAUAUGAAGUGA